UUUGCAAUCUAAAUAUAUCAAGUCCCACACCAAAUCCAUUACCACUACUAGCCAACUUGAACCAAUCUAUUUCUCUAGCUAAGCUCUUGGUUUGGUCUGUUUUGCUGAUAGUAGUGAUAACAAUGGCCAUGGCUAAGCUUCUCUGCCUUCUUCUUCUAGCUCUCCUUGGGAUUUCCAUGGCAGCAGAAACCCAGUAUCACUUGGACAGUGCAAGGUAUGGACCGGGGAGUCUUCAGAGUUCGCAAUGCCCAUCACAGUGCACAAGGAGAUGUAGCCAAACACAGUACCACAAGCCAUGCAUGUUCUUCUGCCAGAAAUGCUGUGCCAAGUGUCUGUGUGUUCCCCCAGGCUUCUAUGGCAACAAAGCUGUGUGUCCUUGCUACAACAACUGGAAGACAAAGGAAGGAGGACCCAAGUGUCCUUGAACCAAAGGGACACCUACCCUACCAAUUUAUAAUCAUCAAUAUUAAUUUAAUCGAAGAAUUAAUCUGCAAGAUAAUAUUAUCUGUCAGCUCCUUCAAUUCAUCCUCUGCAGUGUCAAAAAUUCAAUGACCUGUGUUUGAGGCUCUGAGCAGAAAAUUAAUCCAUUUAUAAUCUGUGUUACUCCAUUAUUAAUCGCUCCUUUGGGUCAAUGGGUCUAAAAUAAAGAAAAAAAACCACCAAAUGAGAGCGUUGACAGAAUUUGUGUUUUUCUCAAUUUAUGAAUAAGAUUUGUUCUAUAUAUAA